AAAAGAUAUUUUGCAAGAGAUCUAGUGAUGGCUAGUUGGCAUUGGUCAAUCCGAGAAUGCGUGAGUGCGAUCUGCCCUAUGAGAUGGGGAAAACUUGGCAGCUAUCUGCGGCGCAGUCCGCGCAAGGUCGUGCAGCGAUGACAGGGCAUACACCGCAACGCUGCAGCUCAUGCCGUCAGCGGCUUUAUUGAAGCAUUGAUAACUGGGAUCCCAUGCUUAUUUUAUGGAGUAUAACACGAAGAUAUUCCUUGAAUAGACGCUGCCAUACAAUCCGAUCCCAAUUUUGAGGGUAUCGUCGUCAAAGUCUCACUCAUCCCAACUUCACAAGUCUCGAUACCUCCACGCCAAAACCCAAAUCUGUCACACAAUGUUCAAAAACUCGGAGAUCUUGAAGGCUAGAGAGCAACAAGAAGAAGAGAAGAAAAAGUUACAAGAUGAGGUAAACCUUCGUGGCAAGCAGGGGCAGGACACAUCUAAGGGCGAACAAGUAUGGUACUCUCGUCGUGUUGACGACGGGUGUCUUCUACACUGGGCCAUCAUCACGCACGGCCUGAAGUACGAGCUAAGACUACCGAAUGGCAAUGUUCCAAAGGACAAGUUGCCGGAGAGCGAGAAGACCAGUUCGUUUGAGCCUCCAAGAGUGUAUGAGGCACGAGUUGUCUCAUGGUCUCUGAAGGAGGAAAUGAACAAGCUCAGGGCAUUGAAGCUUUCGACAUCGGCUAAGGGCUAUCACACACGCGACUACACCGUUUGUCAGAUCGGCUGGACAACAUUGACGAAAGACGAAGUCAACACCGAGUGGGCUGCCGCGCGAUCAUCUAUUGCAGCCGAGGAUCUCGGAUAUGAUGACUGCCGGGAACUACUCAAGAAGUUCGGCGGCAUCAUCAAGAAGCCCGAGGGAUGUGCGCUUGACUAUGACUGGUUCACAGAAAGUCUCGAGACACCGACUCACAGACUAAGCGAAAUCACACCGGACAAGGCCGUCAAGGGGUUCCAGAACUCGAUGCAGAACGGGCUAUGGGGUGUUGCUGCCGCAGGAGCCGGAGCUGGAAUCGUGUACGGCGCAUAUGAGGCGGGGAAAGCGAUGGAUCCCAUGAGGAGCGGUGCCAAUGCGGGUGGCAGUCUAGGCCCAGAUUGCUGCUGCGCUACUUGCUGGUGUUGUACUGGUAUGGCUGGUGAUGGAGGACCUUGUUGGGAAUUUUGCGCUUGGGUGCCGUGUAUGGCCUUGAGCGGUGGCUGCUCAUGUUGAUGGUUGAGUCCUAUGACGGCGUAGAUUUUGCUUGAUAGAGGUUGCUUUCUGCAUUGAGUACAUAGCAAACGUUGCGUUCCUUCUAGCAUUCACUUCCUAGCGCUUUAAUCGAAUUCCUUCAACAGCGAG